GCGCUAAUCAGGGAUCCAGCAGGACUCACUUUUCUCUUCCCUUGUUGUUUUUUAUUAUUAUUUUUUUUUUUUUUGACGAGCUGCUCCAAGGCUUUCUAAAGACGCCUCCGCUUUUGCUUCGAAUUGUCAAGUCUGUGUUUUGAAAAAAAAAAAGGAAGAACGAAACCAAACGCGUUUCUUUUUUCGAACUGCAUGGCUUAACCGAGCAAUGAACCCGCAAAGGAAGAGGACGCGCGUGCCAUCACCCCAGCCGAUCUUUCACUUCGAAGAGCGGGGGUGUCACCUUUUUGCGGUAAGGGGGCGGCGAGAGGUUCAUUCCAAUCACACCUACCUGUAACCCGAUCGGUGUGCACCUCCUUGGGCUGCCAAGCGAUAAUACAGACUGAAGUUUUGUUACCAUUAUUACUGUUUUCAUCGUCUGGUUUGUUUUCUUGGACAAGACUUGCCUUUAGUUGCCGGAUUGUUUAUUUAUUUAUUUAUUUUUUGGUCGAUGUACGUAAUCGGCCGUCUUCGGCAAGUGGAAAAUGCGGAGCGGAGCUGGAGCCGCGCGCUUACCGUGGAGACACGCCGCACAUCGCUGACAUUUCUCCACUGCUUGGCAUUCGAGUCCUGAUAUUAUUUCCUGUAUUUACCUUCCCUCUCUCUCUCUCUCUCUCUCUCACUCACUCACUCACUCACUCUCUUUGCAUUCUGCUCAAGGAUCUCAUUGGUGUUCGCGAUGGCGUGAAGACUGGAAGGCUAGCUCGCUGUUGCUAAUGGUUGUGUAAACUCUUUCGAAUUUUGUCUGUUUUGCAAUCGGAGCACGCACAAGUCCUGGAGAUCUUGAAGCAUGGCAGAGAGCGCCCGCCUGAAGCACCAGGGGGGCAGCCCGACUGGGAGUCCCCAGGCUGGCCGAAAGAAAACGCAACCAUCCCCGGGCACCAGAGCCAAGCCGCAGUCCGGCGCCCCCGGGCACAGCUUCAAAAAGGUCACCCUCACUAAGCCCACGUUCUGCCACCACUGCACCGACUUCAUCUGGGGUCUGGCCGGUUAUCUCUGUGAAGUGUGUAACUUCAUGUCCCACGAGAAGUGCCUCAAGCAUGUGAAGGUCGUCUGCUCCAGCUUGGUUCCAACAUUAGUACGGAUGCCAGUCUCCCAUUGUUUUGGUCCUCCUGGCCACAAGAAGAAAUUCUGUGCCAUCUGCAGAAAGCAGUUGGAGGAGAGCUCCACUUUACGCUGUGAAGUGUGUGAGCUACAUGUGCAUGUGGACUGUGCUCCCUUCAGCUGCAGUGACUGUCGGCAGUGUAACCACGAUGGCCACCAAGAUCAUGAUACUUAUCAUCACCACUGGAGGGAAGGCAACCUGUCAUCAAGUGCUCGCUGUGAAGUCUGUAAACGAACCUGUGGCUCCUCCGAAGUGUUGUCUGGGAUGAGAUGUGAAUGGUGUGGAAUUACAGCUCACGCAUCAUGUUUUGGAAUCAUUCCUCCUGAAUGUAAGUUCGGCAGGCUAAAAAAUAUGAUUCUUCCCCCACACUGUGUGCGGAUCUGCUCCCGGAAUUUCAGCAAACAGCAUUGCUUCCGGAUCUCGGAAACGACUAACACAGAGUCAGAGGAGAAUGAUGAUGUUGACACCGUGAGUGCUGGAGCCCAGAAGGAAUCCCAGACGACGUCCUCAGUAGACUCAAGUAAACAGAGCGUCAAGAUCUUUGACGGCAACGAUGCAGUGAAGCGCAACCAGUAUCGGCUCAUAUCAGUUCCAAGGAUUUCCAAAAGCGAAGACGUCGUGGAGGCAGCUCUGAGAGCCUACUUCAUUCCAGAUGAUCCUCAUGACUACGAGCUGCAGAUGUACAGUCAGCAAGUUCUGGUCAGCGAAGAUAUCAUUAACCGAAAUGGGUCCAUGGAGAACACAAAGUCUCAGUCUGUGUUUCGGGAGAGCAUUCCGGAGGCCUGGGUACUGCGAACCAAGCCCAAGGACUGUGAAGUACUCAAGAUUUUUGCUGGCUGGCUAAAACUGGGAGUAGCAUACAUUUCCAUCUCCAUCUCGAAGAGCAGCACAGUAGAAUCUGUGAUUAAAGAGGUCCUCCUGCAGCUUGGACGUCAGGACGAGGAUCCCCAAGGGUUUCAACUGGUUGAAGUAUACAUGGGAAGUAAGCAAGUCCAGCGACAAACAUUGACCAAUCAAGCUCUACUGGAAAAACUUCAGGAAAUAAGAAAGAUGUCCCUCCGACAGAUGAACCAGACCCGAUUCUACAUCGUGGAGAACAGGAACACCGUGGUGCAGGUCUGCUUGAUGGUGUGCGGGCUUCCACCUCAACUGAAAGCUGAUGAGUACAUGGACCUGCUGCAAAGACACCUUGCCAUCAAAACUCAUCUUGUUUCCGUCACUCACGUGUACCAGGGACAAGGUGCCGUGGUCCUUCAGAUUUCCUGCUUUUCGGAGGCGGAGAGCGGAUAUAUAUGCUGGCUAAAAGACACUUCAAUCAAUAAUAAGCAGUUGUCUGCAGUCAUAAUUCCUGAAGUUCUGACCAAUAAGCUGGCUCAAGACUGCUGUCCAUUACUGACAUUUGUGAACCCCAAAAGCGGAGGCCUCAAAGGACGUGACCUUCUGCACAACUUCCGAAAGCUUCUGAAUCCACACCAAGUGUUUGAGCUGACCAGCACAGGGCCACUGGCAGGGCUGCACACUUUCCGGGAGGUUCCAUACUUUCGUAUACUGGUAUGCGGAGGAGAUGGCACAGUUGGCUGGGUGCUUGGCAUUCUGGAAGAGGUCCGACACAAGCUAACUUGUCCAGAACCAGCAAUAGGAAUUGUUCCACUUGGAACAGGGAAUGAUUUGGCCAGGGUGCUUCGCUGGGGAGCGGGUUACAGUGGAGAAGACCCUUACUCCAUCCUGUUGGCUGUGGAUGAAGCAGAGGAGGUGCUCAUGGAUCGGUGGACAAUCCUGCUAGACGCACAAGAAGCCGCUGACAGUGGCAAGGAGAAUGGCAUCUCUGAGCCAGAGCCGCCAAAGAUUGUACAGAUGAACAAUUACUGUGGCCUGGGGAUUGAUGCCGAACUGAGCCUUGACUUUCACCAAGCGAGGGAAGAGGAACCCGGGAAGUUCAACAGCAGGUUUCACAACAAAGGUGUUUAUGUCAAAGUUGGCCUCCAGAAAAUCAGCCACAAUAGAAGUCUUCACAGAGACCUGAAACUGCAGGUAGACAAGCAGGAGGUGGAGUUGCCUAACAUUGAAGGACUCAUCUUCCUUAAUAUUCCCAGCUGGGGUUCUGGUGCUGACCUGUGGGGGUCAGACAGUGAUGUCCGCUUUGGGAAGCCCCGUAUUGAUGACAGUAUGCUGGAGGUAGUGGGUGUCACUGGAGUGGUUCAUAUGGGCCAGGUGCAGGGAGGCUUGCGUUCUGGCAUCCGAAUUGCUCAAGGAUCCUACAUCCGAGUAUCUAUUACGAAGCCUAUUCCUGUUCAGGUUGAUGGAGAGCCUUGGAUUCAACCCCCGGGACAAAUUAUCAUCUCCGUAGCUGGGCCAAAGGUUCAUAUGCUGAGGAAGUCCAAAGUGAAGCAAAAGAAGCAGUCUGGAAGUUUGAAAGAGUCCAGGACUGAAAGCCUCAUUCCCCCAGAAGGAGGCAACUGAAAACCGAGAGUGAGAGCAGAAAGUUUUGCAGAAUCUUUGGCACAUGAACCAUAAAACCGCCAGCAGGGAGAUGAUCAAGGCAGCCAUCUCAAAAUCACUUCCCGCUCAUUUUUUUUCGUUUAAUUUAACCAUCCCACCACACCAUUACCAGGAUAUAAAAAAAAAUGUAUGGGGCUCCCAUUUACUGUAUAAUGAACUAAGUGGGCAUCCAGGUGGCAGUCAUUGGUGGACUAGACCUACGGAUGCCGCGUCUGCGGUCUGUUCAGAUAAAGGGAAGUGUACGCUGCAUCAGUGGAAAUGGAACCAAAAAAAAAAACUUCAGUAAACUGUCAUGAGAAAUCCACUGGAUUGGAGCUAAAACAUUUUCCAAGUAAAUCUUAUUAAAUUAUUAUAUAUUUUUUAAUUGGUGUCAACACACUAUUGUGCCUCAUAUCAGCACAUUUCCGCAUUUCUUUUUUUUUUUGUUUUAUUCUUUUUAUUAAUUCCGUGCCGUGCUUGAAUAAGUUCUACUGAUCAACCAUGGCUUGCACAGCCCACCCUGUCAGUACUGUUUACAUAGCUGUGGACUGCAGUGGGAAUCAUUUUAGGAGCAGAGGAACAUAGUGUGUGCGUGGGUGUGUGUGUGUGUGUGUGUCCGAUCUAUUUAAAGGAUGUGAGUAGAAUAUUUAAGGAACACUGGAAAAUAAUCUGCUUUAAAGAAAAAUAAAUUCUAUUUAUGAAAAAGAUUAACUUUGGGGAUGACCUCUAAAAUGUUUGUUAGAAAGUCUUUCAGUGAAAGUGUUUUAGUUUCUUAUACACAGCCUGCUCAAGUGCUCAUGUUGCCAUCCAUUAGGGGAAGGUAAAAGUUUAAGCGCAGUGUGGUGAGUAUAAAUUUCAUUCACGUGAUUGAAAAUAAAUAUUUGGUUUGGUUGGACAUUAUUUUUUUGACUUUAACUGGCCUGUUUUGCACACUAAACUCUUUAGUGCUAUUGAAGAACAAAAAAAUAAAUAAAUAAAUAAAUCAUGUAUCGUUUCAAUGUGCACGCGCAAAUUCCGCCUUAAAGUGAUGUGAUUGGCUGCCCUAUUUUAUGUUGUAUGUUCGGAAUUAUAACUAUUUGACUUCUCUUAUUUUUAUCCGGCAGCAUUGGUUCUUUUAGAGCAGCUCCAGUCCUGGAGGGCCGCAGUGGCUGCAGGUUUUCAUUCUAACCCUUUUCUUAAUUAGUGACCUGUUUUUGCUGCUAAUUAACUUCUUUUGAAUUCAUUUUAAUUGACUUGUUUUUUUAAGAUUUGUUGCCCUGCAUUUCUUCAUCAUUCCUCUGAAUUUCUUCAUUUCUUUCCUUAAAUGGCCCCCAAACAGAAAUGAAAUGUCAAGUGAAUGAAUCAACAGAAGACCAACUAAGUCAGGGCCUCAAACUCCAACCAAUUUCACUCCAAGCAGUUGCUUAAUUAGGCGCCGAUUCUUGUCAUUAAUUAAACUCGUUCUUUAAUUCCAUGGCUUGUUGCUGCUCUCAUUGUGCAAUGGCAGACAUUUCUGAAAUUGUUGAUUUUCUCUUUUCUAAAAGCUCUGUGAAAGUGUUUUGGGAGCCUGAGCAGAUCAACAAUCCUGAGACCAGAUAUUGUAUGAGCUUUGCUGCUCAUGUUUUGUCUCAUUUUGUGUCUCAUGAUUGUUUGGCUGCUAAUUAAGGAAAAAGAAACAAUUAAGGGGUCUGAGUCUGCAAGAGCAAGUCGAUUAAAAUUAAUUCAAAAAAAGUUAAUUAGCUUUUUUUUUAAGAGUUAGAAUGAAAACCUGCAGCCACCUGGGCCCUCCAGGACCGGAGUUAGAGACCCCUGUUUUAGAGAAACUCCUACCAUUUCUCAGCCCUUUUGUUCUUCCUGGUUUGUGGCACGUUUGACUACAAUGAUCAUUCCGAGUUUCAGAAAACUGAGGGGUCCACACAAAGUGUAGUUUUAUCCACUCUGUCUUGAGAUGAAGCCCACUGUGACUUGUGUUGGCCUGCCCGCUUUUGAUAACAUUAAUAGUAGUAACAUGUAGCCAAUUAACAUUCCAUCUUUCAAGUGGCGAUGACCAGCUUGAAUAGAGUCAUGUAAUGACACACCCAUGCAUGACGUAAAAUUUGUGACAAAAGAAAAAAGAAAUGUCUGCCACUGGCUUCAAACAGCUAAUGAGGCCCUUUCCAGUGCAACUAGAUCAUCUUGCGCCAAGACAUCCAACUUCUAGUCAGAGGGAGAUGGUGUCAGUGACUAAUCUCCUCACCUGAGUAUAUCAAUUUUUAUGAUUAGAAAUCUCUGGGAAUGUCAGAUUGGAAAACUGCGUGAUGACUUUUCAGCACAGCUUCAUAUUUCCAAAGUACCACAAACGGGCACCUUUUGUUUGAUGUCCAAUAUCAUGCUGACUGACAGAGCCGUUGCCCAUGCAAGCGGUUUACAGGUAUGGUGAUUUCUGCACUUUUUUUUCUGUUCUUUUUUACAUUCUAUUGUAAUCUAUAAAAUAGGAGACAUCAGACAGACGAGCCACUCCUCCAAACACCCGUUCUGCUUAUUCUUCAGUCUGUGCACUCAUUGUUUGUCAGCUUUCACAGACAGACACACACACAGAGCCCACCCCUACAACUUGUUUGAUUUUGUUGAGGCGAAUCACAGACUGGUUGGACUGAGUCGCAGGAUAUGUCAGAUUUCACAAAACCGACUGUCACGGGGUUAUGUAAAUGAAGUCUGUGAUUGAAAAUCGCUGGAAAAGUUGUGUACUGUGACAUGGCUUUUUAUUUUAUUCCAGAUAAAACAAUUUGGAAAUCUGAAUUCCUUAAUAACAUUAUUAAGAAUGAAUGGGAAGGUCAUAAAAUCUUGAACCUUUAAGUUUUAUUUUGAUUUUUUUUUUUUUUUUAAUAAAAAGUUCAAAACAUGAUGUAGGGCAAGAUUACAUUAAUAUGAAAAGUGAUUUUUGAAUCCACUUGUUCAGUUGGACGGAAUGUCAGGGCGUUGUGUUGGCCUCAGUCCUCCACAUAUCCACUCUCGUUGGGCCAGUCAGUAAGACACGUCUGUAAAGUUUUUUUAUUUUUUUGUAACUCCGUCAUUCCAGUACUUGAUCAAGAAAGGUUGGAGGAUUAUAUCGUAAGAGACCAUUUUUCACUGACCAACCCACAAUUUCCAAAACAUGGACCCCAUCUCAGCCAUAACUGACCAAGAUAGGGCGUCUGCCCAUCAGACCAAAUUAGAGUUGCCAGUCCACCUAACUGCAUGGCUUUGGAAAGUGACAGCACGUGAAUUACCACCUAGAAAACCGGCCAGCCAGGAAGUGGACCAAAGUCCUGGUGCUGAGAGAUGGCAACUAUCUGGUUCAUCCGUGGCUCCCUGAUACUCUUACCCAGCUGUCUUUCCAUUUUCUCUUACAAACACACACAACCAUUUAUUCUGAGGAAAGUUAGAGUUGACCAACGUCUUUCAGGAUGUGGGGUGGGAUAGUGGAAUGCCCAACAGGAACCCACGUGAACGGUGGGAGAACAUGCAAAAUCCAUACGCACUGGGGCUACGUCCACACUACUAUGAUUUUGCAUAAAAAUGCAGUCAUUGCUCUCUAUUUUUGCAUUUCAUUCACACUACCCUGGUGUUAUUAAUUCCCAAAAAUGAAGACAUUUUUGAAAACACUCUCCAGAGGUGUAUACCUUCUGAAAACGGCAGAUCAGCGUUGCAGUGUGGACGGGUGAAAAUGUAGACUUUUGAAAAUGCGUCUUGAUCCUGCAUGAUACGUCUUAAUCCCUGAUUGGCCAGCCUUCAUGGAAGAAAACCAUAUUCCAUCAUAGCAGACACCGAGGAGUUGCUUUCCACGGUGCCUUUUGUGUUGCUUACCGGCAUGCAUCCAGAUCGCAUUUUCUAGUUUGAAUGCUACAUACGUGCACAAAACGUAAAUCAUUUACUGGUCGUUACAAUUUUGCAAUAAAUCCUGUGGCUGGUAGUGUUAACACCCCUUCAAGGAAUUUUCUACCGAUACACACAUGCCCAGUGUAUAUAAAUAUGUGCUUCAUUUUAGUAUGGACAGAGACACUUUUGUAAAUGAUGUGAUAACACUAGUAUAGAUGGAAAUCGUAUUUAAAAAAUGGAAUAGCGUGGACGUAGCCUCAGUCAGCAAUACAACGUAAUACUUCUCCAUGUUGCCCACUUGUAAUGAAAACUGAAACCAUAUUCCAACACAGCAGACAUAAAGGAGUUGCUUUCCAUGGUGCUUGUUGUAUUGCUUACCUGCAUGCAUCCAAAUUGCGUUUUCUACAUUUCGAAGGCUACAUACGUGCACUAAAAGCAAAUCAUUUACUGGUCUCUGCAGUAAAUCCUGUAACUGGUAGCGUUAACACCCCUUCAAGGAAUUUUCUACCGAUACGUGCAUGCCCAGUGUAUGUAAACGUCUACUUUGUGUGCGUUUUUGGUCAUAUUAGAGUGGAAGAGGAUACUUUUGUUAAUGAUUUGAAAAUGCUAGUAUGGACGGAGAUCGAUAUUCGAAAAUGAAGUAGUGCUGUCUUAGCCUGCGUCAGCAAAUGCGACACAAUACCUCUCCAUGUUGCCCCUUCUAUUGAAAACUGAAGCCAUAUUCUUAUGUAGCAGACAUAAAGGAGUUGUUUUCAAUGGCGCUUGUUGUGUUGCUUACCUGUAUGCAUCUAAAUUGCGUUUUGUGCUUUUUGAAUGCUGUAUACAUGCGCAAAAGACAAUAAUUCACUGGUUGCUACAGUUUUGCGAUAAAUUCCAUAGUCGGCUGUGUUAACACCUUUUCAAAGGGUUUUCAGCCGAUGUGCACUUGCCCAGUGUAAGCGAAUGCCAAUGUCACAUGUUUUCCGCUGCUUCGGUUUGGGCCAUGAUACUUUUGGAAACGAUUUGAAAAGCGCUAGUGUGGAUUGAAGUAAAAUAUAGUGGUGUGGACAUACCCUAUGAUUGAACCCAGGCAUCAUGGAUCGGACAGGCCCCGGUAGUAGUAGCCAUUGUGCUACCAACACAUUUUACAUUGAUUGCCCAGGCACAAAUGUGCAAAUCAGCAAAUUGAUCCUCUUUAUGUCAGUCGUACAAAGUGAUACCCCACCUUGAAAGAUUUGUUGUGACUGGAUUUGGAAUUUAGGUGCCAGAAAAAUUAUGUGGUUGCUGUCCAAUGCUGGUAUUCAAACCUUUGGGAUGACAAGUCACUUUUGUCACUUGGCAGUCGACUACUCAAGUGAGGUCCAAGAGGACGGCAACCACUUCCAAAAAGGGGGCUUCCUGGUGUUGUCAAGUUAAUUUAUUUUUCUAUGGUGCACUACGCCGAGUGUAGGCACAGAACACUGUGGCAAGUCCUCAAGUAGAUACCAAUACAACCUUUAUAGAUUCAUAUUUACACAAUGAGCUCACGUAAAGUCUCAGAUUUGCUUAGACAGCAGAGGGUAGACGGGCCAGCAUUAAGAUACUGGCAACAUUUCAUUUAAAUUCAGAUUUUUCUUCAAUAGUCUGCCGUGAUUUUCCUCAGUGUUAGGUGCCACCAUUUUCAAACUCCCGAGUUUGUUGUAAUUGACUACAAGACAGAAGCUUAAGAAAGGCAGCACAUAUUAGAGUUAGACAGCAUGCCACACGAAUAGUAACAGGUGUUCCCUAAUGGCACAAUACACACAAAGCCAAGGCACUUACUACAACCAACAAGUGACUCCGCCAUUUCCUCUUGGAUCACAGAAUUGAUAGCAUCAGUGAUGACACCAUAACAUGUGCCAUAAUUCUAAAGAUGAUGAUUUUGUUAAUGGGUGCACAUUCAGAUUGUGCCAGCAGGCGUUUCAGAGGUUCAUGAUAGAAACUUUGGGGUGACUGAAUGUAGCAUGUACUGGAUAUCUGGAUAUAUCUUAUCUCCAUACACUUAUACGAUGGAGUCAUUUAGUGGAAACAAAAAGUUGAAUUGCUUCUGACCAGUCACUUCCCAGUUAUAAAUACAGGGUCAGUUGGGAUUAUGCAGUCGACUAGUCAAAUCCAGUUUUGUCUUAAAUUUCUUUUGCACAUUGAAACAGGGUUAUAUCUUGGUUUUAAACAUCCCAACAGUUCAGAGCACAUUGUAUAGUUCUUAAUUAUUCAGAAGAAGAAAUUUGCAUUUUGAACAGCAGUAACUAUAAAACAAUGGGGAAAUCCGCAAUAUCUGUAAACAUUUGAUAAGCAGGUCUAUACUGAAGCUACUAGGGAUACUCCAAUAGGGCUUUUUUUAUGGCUGUAAACGAUCAUUUAUUUCAUGUUAGUAGAAGUGGCCAAUUGCAAUAGUGACCACCAAUUUCAUAUUACUAGAACUGGACAAUUCAAAAAGCGAUCACCGAUUUCAUGUUACUAGAAUUAGCUUAUUCCGAUACCGAUCACUGAUUUCACAUUACUGGAAGUGGCAUAUUCCAAUAGCAAUCUCCGAUUUCAUGUUACUAGAAAUAACUGAUUCCAAGAACAGUCACCGAUUUCAUGUUACUAGAAAUAACUGAUUCUGAUAGCAAUCUCCGAUUUCAUGUUACUAGAAAUAACUAAUUCCAAGAACAGUCACCGAUUUCAUGUUACUAGAAAUAACCGAUUCUAAUAGCAAUCACUGAUUUCAUGUUACUAGAAAUAACUGAUUCUGAUAGCAAUCUCCAAUUUCAUGUUACUAGAAAUAACUAAUUCCAAGAACAGUCACCGAUUUCAUGUUACUAGAAAUAACCGAUUCUAAUAGCAAUCUCUGAUUUCAUGUUACUAGAAAUAACCGAUUCCAAUAGCAAUCACUGAUUUCAUGUUACUAGAAAUAACAGAUUCUGAUAGCAAUCUCCAAUUUCAUGUUACUAGAAAUAACUAAUUCCAAGAAGAGUCACCGAUUUCAUGUUACUAGAAAUAACCGAUUCUAAUAGCAAUCUCCGAUUUCAUGUUACUAGAAAUAACAGAUUCCAAUAGCAAUCACUGAUUUCAUGUUAAUAGAAUUAGCUUUUUCCGAUACCAAUCACUGAUUUCACAUUACUGGAAUUGGCAUAUUCCAAUAGCAAUCUCCGAUUUCAUGUUACUAGAAAUAACUGAUUCCAAGAACAGUCACUGAUUUCAUGUUACUAGAAAUAACUGAUUCUGAUAGCAAUCUCCGAUUUCAUGUUACUAGAAAUAACCGAUUCCAAUAGCAAUCUCCGAUUUCAUGUUACUAGAAAUAACCGAUUCCAAUAGCAAUCACUGAUUUCAUGUUAAUAGAAAUAGCUUUUUCCGAUACCAAUCACUGAUUUCACAUUACUGGAACUGGCAUAUUCCAAUAGCAAUCUCCGAUUUCAUGUUACUAGAAAUAACCGAUUCUAAUAGCAAUCUCCGAUUUCAUGUUACUAAAGAUAACUGAUUCCAAGAACAGUCACCAAUUUCAUGUUACUAGAAAUAACUGAUUCCAACAGCAAUCACUGAUUUCAUGUUAAUAGAAUUAGCUUUUUCCGAUACCAAUUACAGAUUUCACAUUACUGGGACUGGCUUAUUGCAGUAGCAAUCUCCGAUUUCAUGUUACUAAAAAUAACCGAUUCCAACAGCAAUCACUGAUUUCAUGUUAAUAGAAUUGGCUGAUUCUGAUACCACUCACCAAUUUCAUGUUUCUAGAAUUAGUGGACUCUAGCAGCAAUCACCGAUUUCAUUUAACUAGAAUUAGCCGAUUCUGAUACCGAUUUUAUAACUACUGGUAACUAUUCUAGUAACAUGUUCAUAAGAUGUUUAUCAAGAAGAUGCAAAGCUAACAUACAUGCCAAGUUUACGUGUAAAAUAAACAAAUUUGGCUCUUAGGCUAGCAAGCCUGUUGUUUAUUAAGCAUCAAGGUUAAAUUCUUCUUUCAAUGAUCUUUUUAUAAUUAAAAACGUGAGCUGCUGUACUAAACACAAGCUUGAUCACCAUCCACACUCAGACAAGACGUGUCGGUUUUAAUUAUAGGACAAAAUGAAAAGGUCUGAACUCAUUAAAGCAGCUUCUCUUUUACUUUCUGCCAAAGAGGUGCCUACAUUUUCUAUCACUGGAAGUUCAGCUGGACAAUCUAUAUACAGUAUGUCUGCCAUUCCCUUCCAUGCACAAGACAAGUUGUCAGGUUCCUUUUCCUAUUUUAUUACUCCACCUCCUUUAAUGCAACAGCCGAUAUUCCGGUCUUCGCUCUCUCCUAAAGUUUGCCUUGCUGUUCUUUGUUUAGAGGAAGCUCCGGACAUAAAACAACUUGUGCACUUCGUCAGGUACCGUAUUACUUUGCUUAAAGGAGCACUGCAACUAAAUUAGAACUUAUAAAAAGCAGAAACGUAAAAAAUCAUUUUUCAAGAUCAGCUAAUUUAUCAAUCUGUCAAUUUAUCCGAGUGGCCAAUUGCUUGGCACAUCACUGGUAUGAAUGAGAAAAAGUUAUUUGAUUAAUAUUUUGGAAUUUGUUAUGUGUUAUUUUGAGGAGAAAAAUUCUUUGAGGAAAGACAAAGUGCCAGGUCCUCUAAAACUUUUUUACACAAAACGUGAUUGAUAAAAGAAUUAGUUGGAAGAUUACAGUGAGCAAUGUGGUUGACGUUGCAUGUUCACAGUUACCAGGAAAGCCCGUUAACGUUGUGGUUCAAGAGAGGGUCCCACAGGAUAGUCCUGGACAAGACCAAUGUCACAUUUUAUUUUUGGUUUCUUGUUUUUAACAUAUUACAGAGAACAUUAGUACAAUUUUGUUAAGAGCAGGCCAUUCAGCCCAACAAUGAUCGCCAAUCCUAUCACCUACGUUCUCCAGACUAACUUGGAGUGGAGUUUUGACUUGAAGUCCUAGCAUCAAAUUCAAAUGGCCAGUCAGCAGCAGCGGUGAAGACCUGAUUGUGUUUGAUCUCCUACUACUGAAUCAGUGUCUUGAGUGUUCUGGAUCUUGGUGUGCUGUUAUUUGCUAAAGUUUCAUCUUUUCUUUUUUUCCUCGGCUUGAUGGAUACUCACCCUUAUCUGUGAGCCUAUCGGUUUUUCCAGUCAGCCUGUAUUUCCUACUUGUCGUUGAAAACAUUUGAGCUUAUUGUCAGAGUCUCUUAUAAAUGGUUCUCUCAAACUAAAAUGGCUGCGCUUCUCUCUAGUCUGUCACGAAGUGUUGCAUGCUUUAUCUGGCAGUUUAAAAACUUUGCUCAUACUAGUUGUUCAACUGAUAGAAUUGCUGAAUCAAAUUUUUGAGGAUGUCCACACUGACUUCUCUUCACACAUGACCUCAACCUGAAUUUACUGGUAUAUUUCUGGGAUUGUCUGUAAAUAUAUACAUAUGUAUGCUUGAGGGAAAGUCAGGAAUUAUCCGCACUUUUGUCAUAGUUUUAUGGUCCGCUUGCUGUACAGCUCUCCCCGUGCAUACGUUUAAACGUUGUGUGCCUGUGGCCACUGUGGUAAAGUUUUGACCUCAAUUGGUUAGCUUUUCUGAUGGUCUUCUAGGAGAAAACGUGACUGUUUGUAGGAAAGAACAGCCACAAGCAGUGAUCCGUAAUUUAUGGGCUGAAGGUGGACUAGGAGCCAAAAUUCUUGUUGUUUCCUCAGAAUCACAGUGCAGACUUGCUUGAUGUUUUCGUUGGUAGUGGAAGUGAGAAGUCAUCCUGCUCCUUUCUUCUUCAUGCUUAACACUUGGCCAACCAUUUUUGACCUACUCAGCCCAUUUGUAAAUGCUCCACUAUGGUAAAGCGCUGUCAUCAUAUUGGGCAAAAAGAUUUCUAGUAGAUUUCUGCUUCUGGUACGCCUUCAGCUCAUAAAAAGCACAUCACCGCUCGCUGCUCUUCCUUGGUGCAAACAGCCAUGCGUAGUCUUAGAAUACAACAAGAGAAACCGACCGAUCAAAGUUGAAAUUGUAUCACUGCGACAACGGGCACACCGUGUGUCCUGAUGUGCCCGGAAAAAGCAAGCCGUACAGUCGAGCCCAACCAAAUGAUAGAACAUUGAUAGAACUUUAUUUAUUUACCCCCAGGGGAAAUCUGGCUUUUUAUAAAAGCUCAUCAAAUAAAUAGGUAGACAGAUAAAUAAAUAAAUAAAUAUACACCCACACACUAUGAAUUACAAAAGUAUGGAUUAUUAUUGACUAUGCCUCAUAUAUCUGAAAACAGUGGGCUUCAGUUUGCAUUUCAGAAUAUUAAUGCAAUAAGACUAUGAGUUUUGUACAUUAUUCAUUAGCAUCAUCAUAAUACUGGAAAUUGUGGGGCGCGGAGCCAAGGGCAAACUGAACAAAGUAAUUCAGCCAGGUAGUGGAAGGCCUUACCUGCAGGGGUAAUGGGGGUUUUGGUUGCCACAUUCAGACUGCUGGUUGAUGACUUUCUAAAGGACUCAGCUGAGAUGUGGCUGGUUGUCACCACAAAGUACCUUUUGUUUAUAAUGGGCACCGUCACGUAGUACAAGAACUCUCAAGGUUGACUCUGAAGGGCCACUGUCGCUGCAGGUUUUUGUCACAACCCGAUUGCUUAAUUAGAAACAAUUGCCAGUAGUGGGAAUAAGACAUGUAGUUGAAGCAGAAACCCCAACAACCUUAAUGAAGUGUCUGCAUGAAGUACUGGGACAGCUUAGCUAGUAGCUAAACAAGCAAGCUUGAUGUACCGAAUGGUCUCCUCCUGUGUGUCAAAAUGUUUAUGUUUUUAGAGGCAAAUUCUUCUCGAUAACCCAGCUUAUUUACUUUUGUGGCUUGUUAGUCUGUUUGUUCUACGAUAUUCUGUUAUUCUUAUACUGGAGAUUUUUUCCCUUUGGGAGGAUGUCAUCCACAUGAUUUGUGGCUCAGGGCAGAUUAGCUAUUCUCACUCCUUCACUUGUUUCUCUUUCAGUUGUUUCCCAACAUUUUAUUAAAACCGAUACUUCAUGAAAGACACACAUUGAGGUUCUAAACGGAUUGAGUUAGAUGAUGAGCUGCCAACUUAUUUGUCAUUGAAUUGAUUUAAGCUUUUAAGCAAGCAAUUAAGGAUUGGGAAUCUUAACAAUCUUAAUGUUUUUGCCUCCUGCAUAUUUUUGCUUAGUAAUAAUUUUACUAUUGUUUGGUUAAUUUUUGUUCUGUGAUUUUUAUUUACAGCUCUCUCCUGCAUUUGGGUUGUUUUCUGCAUAGUUGCAGCCAUGUUCAUGUAAAACAGCGGACGUUUAGCGUGUUGUGUUAUCAGGCCCCUCCCUAUUUAAGAUGGCGGCACUGCGGUCACUUUGUUUACCACUGUUUGUCUUGUUAGGGGUCAUGUUAAACAAUGGACAAUUGGCGUGUCAUGUCAUUAUCUUCCUCCCUAUUUAAGGCACUGUGGUCAAAUUGUUUACUAUCGCUAGUCUUUUUGUCGGUCAUGUGCAACAGAGGACGCUUGGGGUGUUGUGUCAUUAGACCCCUUCCUAUUUAGGAUGGAGGCACCGCAUUCAUAUAGUUCACUAUCACUAGUCUUGUUGGGGAUCAUGUAAAACAAUGGACACUUAGCAUGUUGUGUCAUCCAGCCCCUCCAUAUUUAAGAUGGCCUCACCGUGGCCAUAUUGUUUACUAUCGCAAGUCUUGUUGUCGGUCAUGUGCAACAGAGGAUGCCUGGAGUGUUGUGUUAUCAGACCCUUCCCUAUUUAAGAUGGGGGCACCACAUUCAUAUAGGUCACUAUCACUAGUCUUUUUGGGGAUCAUGUAAAACAAUGGACACUUAGCAUGUUGUGUCAUCCAGCCCCUCCCUAUUUAAGAUGGCCUCAUCAUGGUCAUAUUGUUUACUAUCGCAAGUCUUGUUGUCAGUCAUGUGCAACAGAGGACACUUGGGGUGUUGUGUUAUCAGACCCCUCCCUAUUUAAGAUGGAGGCACCACAUUCAUAUAGUUUAUUAUCGCUAGUCUUGUUGUCGGUCAUGUGCAACAGAGGACGCCAGGGGUGUUGUGUUAUCAGACCCCUCCCUAUUUAAGAUGGAGGCACCGCAUUCAUAUUGUUUAUUAUCACUAGUCUUCUUGCGGAUCACAUGAAACGAUGGACACUUGGCAUGUUGUGUCAUCAGGUUUCUCUUUGUUUAAGAUGCUGGCGCACAACACUUUGUCUUUCCAUUUCCCGGCCCACUUGUUUUCUUUCAGGCAUAAUAAAGUUACUUGACAUUAACUGCUUCAGCAGCCACAACUGAAUUGUAAUUAAGACACUGGGUUGGAACUAAACCUGCAGCCACAAGGGCUCUCCAGAACAGAACCUGAGCAUUUGUCACAUAGUGGAAGAAUAAGUCACAAAAUGGAAAGAAAGAAUGAAUGUUUCCUCUAAACACUUGAACAUGUACCUUUAAAUAUGGAAUGUACAAGGUAGCUUGAGAAUAACAUGGCUCAAGACCGACUUUGUUUUCGAAGACCCUUUAAUAAUCAUUGUUUGUGCAUGUUACUUCUGUUCCAUUUAUGGAGAAUGCGCCUUUUUUGUACCAAUCACGUCCAGACAGAGAAAAACAAAAAAACCAAGAUAUAAAAAAAAAACUGUGAUAGUAUUCUUGUGGUUCCAUCAAGGUACUUCUACGCCAUGACUUCUAACUAACUAUACGUUAUGUAAUUGUACAGCAUUAGUGUUACGGGGAGGGGAAAUCGAGUCACUUCUGGCCGUCUCUGCUUCGGUGUGCAUUAUUGUGACGUCAGUGGUUUGCAAUUCCACUUAGUGCCUCAUAUGUGAAUAUGACAGUUCUCUAUGUUUAUGUAAGAAAUAUAUAUUUGUGAUUAUUCUGUUGAAACAGGAUUCCGCUGAUGUCAUUCGUAAAGGAGGGGACAGGUUUUAAUUGCAUAAAAAGACGUUUUUGUUUCUUUUCUGGGAACGUCCGAAUCAAUCAUUGUGGCGUCUUGUUGCUUUUGUAAUUUGAACUUUGUUCCAACAGACGACAGCCUUGUUUCAUAGCUGCUGACCCACUAGUCGUUCUUUGUAUGGAUUUGUAUAUUUUGGCAGAGAAGUGUUUUCAAUGUUCAUUUGUUUCAAAACUGUAAACAAAUAAUGCACUGAUUGUAACAAGCGACAUUUUUUCAUAUGUGUACAUUGUAUAAGUAAUGAGAAUAUAUUAGAAUGAAAACAAACUAAAUGUCCAAGAGAAAAACUUGGAUUUUUUAAAUGUCA